CCAUACACAGUAACAUACAAACUUUUAGAGAACUUCGUACUAGCGUCAUUAUGAACUAUUUCAAGAUAUACUCCUUGACUUUAUUUCUUAUAUUUAUUCAUAAAAAAGAUGCUUACAUUAUAAUUGAUCAAAGUCCUGCCAAUGUUCGAUUUGAUUCUAUUACCACUCUCUCAACCAGAUGUACCUUUUUGAGAGACGAGUCAACAAAUAUAGUCCAUCCUCUGGCCAUCGUUUUGGCCCAAUCUAAAAACCUAGACAACAUUUUCCAAAAUAUCGCAAGCGUCUUCUUAUGUUCUGAUCCCCUGAAAAUUAAAGAGAGAUCAGAAAAUGUUAAAGUGGACGGAAAAAUUAACGGCUCAUCUUCAUAUCUUCAAUACGAGGUCCAUUUCCCCACAUCUAUAGAUUUCGGUUUCUACAGAUGUACAGUUAGCGGACUUGACCGAUCAUACGAUGUUAUCCAUGAGAUCAAAGUAUCUGAAAUUCAGAGCAGCUCUUCAACUGUUUCUGAACUUUUGGCAGAAAACAGGAAACUGGUUGAUAGAGUUACAAAGCUGGAGAAUCAGGUUAAAGUUUUUAGUGACAGCUGCGUGAAAUCAACAGAUUUACAAAGAUUUCAAAACGAUAUAACUCAAGAAAAUGAUGAAAAAUUCAAAGAUGUUCAUAAUACAUUGAGUUUGUUAAAUGAUUCGAAUCACUUUCUUGCAUCCACUCACAAUUCAUCGAAGGAAAUUAUGUUCCGGGCUCAAUUCACGUUUGAAAACAGUACUUACUAUUUGUCAAGAUUCGGUGUUGACAGAUUUCAUUCAGCGGAGAUUGUGUGUGCUACCUACGGCGGAUAUCUCGCGGAGAUAGACACCGCCUCAGAAUACAACGUGAUUGUUCAUUCUAUUAAGCUUCAUGUCCAGAAAGAAAGUCCAUUCAUCGGUUUGGUUACUGAUGGAUCGAGUAAUAAUUGGAUAUACUCCUUCAGCAGAACGCCUGCUACAUAUCUCUUGUGGAAUCCUAAUGGCGACCCAAGUAUAGGUAAAAAUGAGAACUGUGUUAUUUUGAGUCCGACGUAUGGAUUCACCAUGGCCAAUAUUCCGUGCAAUAAUUACUUGAACAUGCCAUGGCACUAUCUUUGUGAAGUCACGCCACAAAAGUUUACAUAGAGGAUUUUGAAACUUAUGUUAACCACAGUAAUCUAUAUUUUUCUUUGCGUUAUGAUUAUCAGGAUCGGGUUCAUAUUCUUUAAACUUUAUAAACACAUAUGAAAGGAAUAGCAAGUGAUAUGGAGUAAAGUGAGGCAAUAUAAUGAA